AUGAGACGAACACACGGAGGUAGUGGCAAAAGCAGAGGCCGCCGCUACAUCCGCCGUGACGUCGAAAAUCGUGGGAUUGCGAAUCCAGUCAACGAUCAUCUUCAACAAUCGGAUUCAGAGCAUCAGCAACAAGACACGACCACCGCCACCGAUCGGUCGUCUUCCGCUUUUCCGUCUACUUCUCAGCCACAUCAAAACCUCGAUCAUCCCACAAAACCUCACCGGAAUCCUAGUUCCGGGUCUCGGAGUCGGCGCGGCGGUGAACCAAAUUCAAAAUCCCGUUCGGUGGAGAAAUCGGAGGUGAAUUUUCCCGAACAGGAUUCUGCGGAUUGCUUGGCUGAUGAGUUGAGUAGCUCAAAACUGCAGCAGAAAUUAAAUUCAGUUUCUGUGAAUAAUAAUCACUCAAGUGGAAUUUCGAAUUCGGAGGAGGAAGAGUUUCAUCUCGGAGGUGAUCAUUCGAAUUGUGAGGAAUCGGAGGCGAAGAGAGCUGAAAAUGAAGCAAUCGCUGAUGCUGGUGAUGAUGAGUAUGCGUAUGAGACUGAGGCAAAGGAAGAUAUUAUGCUGACGAUUCUGAAAGAUUUGCGAUCUACCGUCACUGAGCCAGAGCUAACCGAUGAGCAGCUAAAGUUGAAUGAUCAACUGCAGGAAGAUGAGCUUCUAGCACUUGGCUACAUCUAUGGAGGAAACAUGUUCAUACUUGACCGACAUAAAGAUAUGCGUUACUUUCAGAUUCAUGUAAACGUCGAAGCGACUAGUGAACAUACUGUCUCAGCGAAGCUAAACUUACAAGCUGAUACAAGCAAGGACUCAGAGGAUUUCCAUUACUCAUUCAAGGCUCAACACCUUCCUCCGAUUGUGCUGACAUGUUUACUACCAACUUCUUAUCCGAGCCACUUACCGCCUUACUUCUUAAUAAGCGUUCAGUGGAUGAACCCUGACAUCAUCUCGAGUCUCUGCUCCAUGCUGGACUCGUUAUGGACGGAGCAGCCAGGGCAAGAAGUCUUGUACCAAUGGACAGAUUGGUUACAGAACUCGUUGCUUUCUCAUCUCGGCUUUGAUAACGAGAUUGUUCUUGGUCCUUAUGGCGUUACAUCCUCCAGAGAUAAACGUGCUGUUUCCGGAAGUCGUUCUCCGGAUGUAGAUAUCCCUUACAUUAGGAGCUACGACGACGAGAAACGCCACGAGAGCUUCCUCAAGAGCUUGCACGAGUGCUGUAUAUGCUUCUCCGAGUCUGCAGGGUUCGACUUUGUGAAGCUACCGUGUCAGCAUUUCUUUUGUGUGAAAUGUAUGAAGACCUACACGGACAUACACGUCACUGAAGGCACGGUCAACAAGCUUCAGUGUCCGGAUUCGAAAUGUAAAGAGAUUGUGCCGCCAGGUGUGUUGAAGAGGUUGUUGGGAGAUGAAGCGUAUGAGCGUUGGGAGAGUUUGAUGUUGCAGAAGACGCUUGACUCCAUGAGUGACGUCGCCUACUGUCCUAGAUGCGAAACACCGUGCAUAGAGGACGAGGAGCAGCUUGCUGUUUGCUUCAAAUGCUACUACAGUUUCUGUACGCUUUGCAAGGAGAAGAGACACGUUGGUGGGACUUGUAUGGACCCGGAAAUUAGGCUUCAAAUCUUGGAGGAUCGUCAAACUAAUUCUUGUCUUGGAGAGGAACAAAGGCGAAAAGAGAGAGCGAUGAUCAAUGAGAUGAUCAGUGUGAGUGUGAUAAAGAAAAGCAGUAAGCAAUGCCCGUCUUGCAAGAUGGCCAUCUCGAGAACCGGAGGUUGUAACAAAAUGGUCUGCAAUAACUGUGAACAGUACUUUUGCUACCGUUGCGGAAAAGCCAUCACUGGCUAUGAACAUUUCGAGGAGGGAGGAACAUGUGAGCUUUUCCCACCAGAUGCGAUCCAAGAAUGGAAUGAAAGGAUGAAUGCGAGACACGUCAAUCAGAUUCAAGCUCAAUUGUUUGCACCGCACGGUCAGUUUCCACAGCGCGGUCAGUUAUGUCCUAAUUGCCGCCAGUUCAACGCAAAGUUUGGAAACAACAACCACUUGUUUUGCUGGGCAUGUCAAGCACAUUUCUGUUAUCUUUGCAAGAAAGUGGUGAAGCGAUGUGCUCAGCAUUAUGGACCAAAGGGUUGCAAGCAGCACACAGAUGGGUAA